AUGAAUAUGAACGAGUCCACUUCCAGAGAUGGACAGAGUGAAGAAGAACAAAAUAAUUUUCCUUUUGGUGGUAAGCCCGGUUCCUACGAUUCGAACUCUAAUUCUGCUCAACGCAAAAAGUCUUUCAGUACUACAAAGCCAACCGAAUAUAACUUGCCAAAAGAGCAGCCAGAAUCAACGACCAAGAACUUGGAAAGCAAGGCCAAAAACAUUCUUCUACCUUGGAGAAAGAAGCACAAUAAAGACUCAGAAAACUCACAUGACGAUGCUGACGCCGCCACUAGCCGCCACACCAACGUAACUUCCAACGUGAAUCCUACUUCUACCGAUACUAAGUCAAGUUCAGGCCCUAACGCUACUGUUACUACCCAUGGAUACUCUUAUGUCAAGACAACGACACCAACUGCUACAACUGAGCACUCCAAAGUGAAAACUUCACCUUCUGCCAGUCAUGAACAUUCAAAUGUAAAGACGUCUCCCACUACGCAUGAACAUCCCAAAGUUGGCGCUGGGCAUUCGGGUGUUGCGGCCACGCAUGCCCACAAUAAUGCCAAAAGUAGCACAUCUCCCACUGCUCAUGCACACUCAAAUGUCAACGCUGGUUCCUCUGGAACCACUUCUACCACUUAUGGUCAUUCUAAUGUGAAAAAUACAUCUCCUACUACGACUCAUGAACAUUCUAAGAUGAACACUGGUACCUCAGCUACUGCCACUACACAUGGACACGCCAACAUCAAAAAAACUUAUCCUGUUACUCAUGAUCACUCUAAUUCCAGCACUGAUCCUAAAUCUACAGCUGCUACUCGUGGUCACUCCGUUUCCAGCUCUGGUCCUAAAUCUACCGGUGCUGCACACGAUAACUCCCACACUAAAACAAGUCCUUCAACUACUCACGGACACUCUAGUGUUAAAGAUAGUUCUUUAGCUACCAAAGAAUAUUCGAAUGUGGAUUCCGGGUCUGAUCGUGAUGCUAUGCCUGGCAGCUUCCGCGGCAUAACUGGCGGUGAUGUAAACCCUGUUGAUCCCAGUGUUUAUACAAGCACCGGCCCAAAGAGCAAUGUUAGCUCUGGUAUGAACGCUGUCGACCCUAGUGUCUACAUGGACACGAGUUCGAAGUCUACUGAACGUAGAAAGACCUCUGACAACACCGCCACUGGUCCUCCACAAGAUACAAUCAGAGAGAUUGCGCAAAACGUUAAGAUGGACGAGAGUGAGCAAACUGGAUUAAAAAAUGAUCAAAUCUCCGGUUCUGAUGUAAUCCAACAACAAACUAUGGAUCCCAAGUAUAAAGGAACAAUGGGUACAGGCGGCUUUGUAAGUCAUUAUAACGAUGACAAUAAAAACAUCCAAUAUCCUGAAAAGAAUAAAGUCGAAAAACAGAAUAUAUCUGAAAGAGCUGCUGAGAAAUUCAAUAGUGAAAGAGAUGACAUUUUGGAAUCUGGCGAUGAUUAUCAACAGAAAAAUAUUAAAUCUAAAACAGAUUCCAAUUGGGGCCCAAUUGAGUACAAUACUAGUGCUGGUAAAAAUAAGAAUCUGCAAGAUGUUGUCAUACCACCUUCUGGUAUGAAAGACAUUCCCCACAAUGAUACAUCUGUAUCCCAACAGAAAUCUAAAUCUGAUAACAAAUGGGGUCCUAUGAAGUAUGAUGAUGGCAAAGGUAUAAAAGAUGACAAUUUGCAAAAUAUUGUUGGUUCAGAAGGUGGCUCACAAAAUGCAAACAAAAAUUUCGAUAUGUCUCCCCGUGAUGAGGGCCAAUGGUCAGGGGUUUCUAAGGAUAAAACUACUCAAAACAUCGUUGUACCACCUAAUAUGAAGGAUGAAGAUCUGAAUAAGGGCUCUUCUAACAAGCCCCAUCAAUAUGGGUUAGAUUAUUUGGAUGAUGUUGAAGAUUAUAACGAAAACGAUAUUGACGAUUACUCAAAUGCAAAGGAUAAGAACCUGUAUCCGGGGAAAGCGUAUCAGGACAAACCAACAAAUUACGGUUAUGAGCAGAGAGAGGAAAUUCCAGGUUCUUAUAAGCCUGAUACCAUUUCAAAUUCAAUGCAAAGACAAGAUGAAGACCCAUUAUCUCCAAGGCAAACGACUCACCAUGCCGGAAUGGAAACUGCAGCAGAUGAGGGACUUGGGAGUUACGAAUUCUCGAAUGUGUCAGGUAACAGAAAAUUAUCUGAUCUAAGCAAGAAUAAAUCGGGUCCAACACCAACGCGUUCUAAUUUCAUUGAUCAAGUUGAACCGAGAAGAGCGAAGACCACACAGAACAUUACCUCUGAUGUCAAGGAUUCUACCAAUAUUCCAGAAACAGGUAACACUGGAAGCGUAGACCCUGGAAGGGCAGCUGUGAAAUCCAAGACCUUCAGCUCUAACCCAUUCGAUGAUAGUAAAGAUGUAGAUACUCCUUCCAAAAACACAAAUGUCGCCGCAUUUGAUAACGCCAGAACUGCAGACACUACUACAUACGCCAAAUCAGGAGACACUAAAACUGCUGCAUACGAUAAUAUUGGAAAGGCAGAUCCUACAUAUGCCAAAUCACAAAAUACUCCUGGAAUGACUUAUGGUCAGGAAACACCAUCGGAGAAAAUGGCCGAUUAUGGUUCUGGCGGUAAUUCCCAAAGUCAAGAAUAUUCUAGCGACGAUAAUAUUGAUGUGAACAAGAAUACAAAAGUUUUAGAAGAAGACGCUGCGGACUACAAGCACGAAGUGGAUUUGAAGAACAAGCGUAGAACUGAUAUUGGCGGUCCCAAUGCCGCAAACACCUAUGCUGCCGAAGUCGGUAAUUUCCCUAGUUUGAUCGACCCACAUGUUCCAACUUAUGGAUUCAAAGACACCGAUACUUCUAGUUCUCAAAAACCAUCCGAGAAUACCUAUCCAGAAACCAGUUCUUAUUCAAUUCAUAAUGAAACGACUUCACAGGGAAGAAAAGUCUCGGUGGGUUCAACGGGUUCCGGAAAAUCGAAACAUCAACACAAUCACGGUCAUCACCAUCACAGCAGACAAAAUUCUUCAAAAGCAUCUGACUACGACUAUAAUCUAAGCCACUCAGCUGAACACACCCCGAGACAUCAUCGGUAUGGUUCUGAUGAGGGUGAGCAAGAUUAUGAAGAAGAAGAGCAAGAUGAGGAACAUGCUGGUAAGCAAAGUUUUAUGGGCAGAGUGAGAAAUAGUAUUUCUGGCGGUACUUUUGGAUUUAGAAGUGAAAUUUAA